AUGCCGCCCAAGCGCAAAAACACAGAGAACGCCGCCGCUAUGGACCGUCCAGAAAAGAAGACCAAGGCUCCCAAGAAAGGAGCAAAGGCAGCCCCCGAAGUAUACACUGCUCAGCAGAAAGCUGCAAUCCAGCAGUUCAUCAGCUUUACUCAACUUGACAAGUCCACCGCGGUCAGGGCACUCAAAAGCCAUGGCUGGGAUGCACAGAACGCCGUGAACGCCUCUCGGUCUAUGAGCCUUUCAAGUCGAACUUCUCAUCUGAGGGACGUCCAACCCGCCCAAGUACACGCAGUCAGCACAAUCAACACCGCCGACGACGAACGCCUCUCUUCUGGCAAGACCGCUGCUUCCUCCGAUUCCACCAAGUCCAGUAUCGAGACCUACACAGUUCAGGGAGCUUUCCGACCGCAUGCCGUACCACACCUGGUUGAGGGUUUGGACUGUUUACAGACGGAGCAACAUCGAGUCCAAGCGGAACACCUAAGCCGCGUGCUACAUAGCAGUCUCAGUCUUACCAACGUUACCAACGCACCAGAAAGUUCAGAGCCGACUGUGUCGUUGCGCGGUGGUUCUGGCAACUACAUCGGCUCUGGGGGCUACGGCAACGACUACAGCGAGCAUGACAUCUCAGGAAGACGCAGUCCCCAAGCUUCAGACACCCCAGGACAAGCUGCGCUCUGGGCUCUCGGGAGCCAUUACUUGAAAUGUAUGGCUCCCAUGGACUAUGCUUCCUAUGUGGACUCCUGCAAACAAGAGACUAUUUGGUUCGAGUCCAUCGGGAUCACCCAAAUAUGGCCGACAAUCGCACAGGCCAUUGAGCAUUUGCCCAUAACCGUAGGCGUAAACUACAACACGUUUAUCCAAUCACUAUCACUUGCGAAUCGGAGUGUGUUCGCCAAGCUCUUCAGCCUCCUCCCGUUGAUCAACCACAAAACGAUCCCAGCUCCCGCUUUCGAAAAAUGGAAGUUGGCGCGUCUGGCCUUCUUCCAUGGUCUGGGACGUGAUGGCAGGACCAAAUUCUGCCGCAUCAUCAUCGAAAGAAUAAAAUUGGUGGCAGGGGCUGAUGAAGUGCCCGUGCUGAGCGAUGCCACGUCGUCACCUAUCGACACAGUGCAUCUGUUCGUUACUGCGAAACUGUUUGUGCAGCUCAAUCCUCCCAUAUCACUGAAGAAUUAUCAGUAUCACGUGUACCUUUACGAUAUGCCUGGACUACAAGUCACUCACGACGAGCUUUUCGUUGCAACGGCCAACUGGCAACUCAUCAAAUACAUUGACAAAGACUGA